AUGGAUAGAAUAGAACCAAACGGGAACCAUCGUACCGGAAGCAUUCAGCUGACCAAUAUACCGAGGAUUGAUUCUACAACUGACGAUGGAUCCUUCGGACGUUUGGUCAAUGAUGACCAUUGUAAACCGAACUUCAAAGUCAAGGUUGAUGACUCUAAAGGGAAACCAGAACUAUUUUUUCAAGCCCUCAGAGAUAUCGAGAGCGGAGAAGAAAUUUUGUAUAACUAUGGAGUCGGACCAUAUCCGUGGAGAAAAAAGAGAGGAAAAUGUAAUUCUGAGGGUGAGAUAUUGGAUGGUGGUGCCCAGACUGAGCUUAUCCAGGAUACCCAACAGUUCUAUGACAACCAUGCUCAUCUGAGCAAUGGCACGGGUCUUCUUGAAGAGGAGCAGGUGGAGACACCAUCCAGUCCCAAGUCUGAGCCCGAGGAAGUGGAUGAUGUGAAAGAGGAUGUGUUCCCCUAUGACACGGUGGUCCACAACGAGGAACCCAAACUGGAAACUUUGCAUCUGGAGGAGGAGCCACAGCACAUCCAUGGUAAUGAAGGUGGAGGUGAUGCAGAAGCUUUCUCUGAACCUGUAAGUUCCAAUGCACUGUUAGAAAAGUACACAUCUUCACGCACAUCUGGUUACAAGUACAGAGCAGAAAGGACGAGCGUAAGGGCAAAUGAAUCUACACUACUCAGCCCGUUGUCACCAGAUUCGGAGAGGGUGGGAGAUGGCCAUGUUUCGGCAGACGGCAAAUCAGAGACACCAAAUAACACUGAGUCUCUUAUCCAAGCCUCGACUGUCACGCCAGUAAACAGUCCACAGAAACGUGACGAGUACAAACGACGUAUUGAGAAAAGUCCAAGUUCACCACCAAUGACAGUUGUUGACGAUUUCUCCGAAGCGUUCCCAUUUGACACCGUCACAAGAACGCCAUCGUAUCUUCGUAUCAGCAGUGCGGUCAGUGGGUAUGGUCACUACUUGAAAUACUCGGCGUACAGAGGAAUAGAAAAACGGUCGCCCUACUCGAGUACUCUGUCCCUGCGGUCGAGUAGGUCUGAUUCGACGACCCCGCAGUCGCCCGUUGAAAUGCCCAUCGGAAAGAUCCCGAAUAUCUCUCGUCCAACGAAUUACCUGCCCUUGAAGAGUGAGGUUCUGUCGCCUCGCAAGGAGAUUUUCGGGGACACUGGUGUAGAGACAUUGACCCCUGUGAAUGGGUCAAAUGAGGGUUGUUUAAAUGGUAGGGACGAUUCCAGUGGAUCGCUAUCCAUGAGCGAAGAUGUAACGAUAGAAGGCAAUGGACAUAUUGAACUGAUUGAGAAUUUUGUGUCAACUGGAAACCCAGAGAAGGAUGCAAAUAUCUUUCUGUCGGUGACUCUAGCGGAAGAAAAUCGGCUGCUGGGGUUGUGUUCGAACUGCGAGGGGGAAAUGUGUAGCAGUGAUGUGCCCGAGGAAGAAGGGCACCUGUCUGUUACUGGAACAAGUGUGGGCAAUUAG